GUCUAAUCGGAGACUUGCAACUCUACUAAUACUUCCAUCCAGACCAAUUAUGGACGGUCUGUGUGGGUACCAUACUACACCUACGUAUCAAUCCGGUCCCUUCUUCGAGCCUUUUCACGGGCUUGAGCAAUGCGAUCAUGUCAAAAGCAAAACUUUCUCGGUGGUCGCCCAUACCUCGCUUUCCUCUAACGGAUGCCUUGCAUAAGUGCUUUCCGAAGUCUUCGAAGAAGCAGUCUCAUAUACGGUCAGAUCUAGUAAGUGAGAAGUUGUGCGAUGAUAUCCUUAACCGUCUAUCACCGUUCCUCCUCCGCAAGCCCGCUGUCGAUAUUCUUGAUCUGUGGCCUGGCGCUGGAUUGUGGUCGUCGAAGGUCAAUCAACUCCUCAACCCCCGACGACAUGUCCUGAUUGAACCUGAGCUAGCGACAUACAAACCAUUGCUCCAGCCGUUGGCGGAGAGUCGGUCCUGUUAUAAACUGCUGUCUAUGAAUAUCCAAGGUUUCAAUGACUGGGAAAGCUUGCUGGCUGCCCAUUUCCCGGAGCAGGGCCCGUCGAAUCGUGACAACAGCGGGCUUUUGCCCAAGAACGAUACGCUGCUUAUCUUAGCCAACCCUUCUUCAAACUUCUCUAAAAGGGACCAUUAUACCCCAGCACGGUGGUGCUCAACUUUCUUGGAGGCUUGUAUGCGCCAGACGGGCUUUCAUACCUAUGGAAGCGUGCGUCUGAUUGCAUCACUCCCCGUAUCAGAUGCACAACAGGUCAUCCCGCGGACCAUAAUAGAGCGCAAACGACCGGCGCUUUUGACGGAGAACGUCGCGUUGCAUGCCUUUGAAGUUGCAGCUCCAAAGGAUCCCAGCGUUUGGGUAAACAUCAAGGGGUGGAAGUUCGCGGCUGAUAUUGCUUCGCGGGUUGCACAGAGAGCAGCAGAGCAGAAUAUUUCAACGCCUCCAGGCAGAGAGGUACCACCCCUUGCCAUGGCCCCAGAAAGUCCUUAUCAGGGGAAAAUACCGGUUCCCUACGAGCCGCGCGUAUUUACACAAUUACAUGAGAAGCUUGAUAAGAAGAUCAAGGCCUCUAAUAAGCUUGGAAAGGCUGACCCAGUGCGAAUGCGAGCCUUAACUCAACUAAACAAAGAUAACCGCGAUAUCCAAGUUCGCCGAGAACUGGCUGACAAGCUCUAUGAAAUCGAUGAGCUAACGAAGUCCCUGUCACGGUCAGCCGCAGAUCCAAACAUGGAUUCAACCGCCCUGAAACCCAUUUUGGACCAGAUUGAGACCUCCAGGUCUCUUGUCGCUCAGAUUAAAUCGGAUACACACUACGGAGUGAUAAAGGAGCUUAACUCUGUAUUUGAUAACAGACGAGCGGCGUUGUCUACCGGAAGCUUCGAUGAUGCGGUGCUUUUGUGGGACCGGCGCCCUUUUGAACCAUUGUUCAUCAAGCCAGAAGAGACCUAUCCCCGAGAAUAUGACCGGAGCAUUAUAUACUUUGAACCUGAUCCGAACCCUAUACCCUUGCGAAAAAUUAAGCAGCUGGCCCCGUCGCAAAGAAACGAUCCUUUCCGGCUCUUCGAAGCCUACUCUCUGACCCUACAUACCCGCAACCAAAUGACAGUACCCGAGUUUCUGGAAAUCAUCUUCCCCGGGCGAUCAACAGACGACAUCCUGAAGGCGAUCCCAAGCCUAGCAGCCGUGGCAAAUAAAUCACCCAAACCAGAUUUUGACAAUCUACCCAAAACCCUACACGGUCCGCCUGACGCUGCAAACAGCGGCAAAAACCUCGACCCAGCCACAUGCUACCAGGAGAACCUUGACUACGACUUAAGCGAUGUACGAGCUCGCACGCUGACAUGCAGUAUAUUGUGGGAUAUAUUCGUCGAAUACCAGAAGGGCGACACAGAUCUCUCGGCGGUGCAGCUGAGUCGAGCACUGGGCGCGACGCUAACGUCCUUCCGGUCCGGCGAACAUAACAUGCCCGAGAAGAGAUAUCAUUAGCAUGGUCUCAUCUUGUAUCGGCGCAAGGAGUCUUCGUUUCUUGGUCCCUCACCCUUACUGUACACCCCCCCCCUCCCUUGCGGUUUCGUGCAGGGGGAUCCUUUAUACCCCUAAUCCUGGGGACAUUUAC